AAGACAAGCUCAACGAGUUGCAACUCCGGAUCCGUCAACUACUGGACCAGGUCGAGCAGAUCACAAAGGAGCAAAAUUAUCAGCGAUACAGUUUUUGAAUGUUCUGCACAUAUAUUUGAUGACUUUCAGAGAAGAGCGUUUCCGACAAACUUCCGAAUCCACCAACAGCCGAGUUUUGUGGUGGUCAGUUGGCCAAACUCUUGUCUUGGUGCUCACUGAAACGAUGGCUGCGCGUCGUUUUAUAAAAGGUCUCACAUCUCCAUGGUCUCUGGGAUUUUCCGGCUUUGGAAUUGCUUAUGGUUUAUAUCAUAUCUGGGACUCUACACAAUCCGGUACAAAAUACGAUUUACAUGAAAACUUAGCUGGUAAAACCUAUAUCGUAACCGGCGCUACCUCGGGGAUAGGACAGGUGAUUUGGUCAAAUUCUCUCUAUGACCCUCUUAGGCCUUUACUAAGAAUCGUGAUUCAGGCUACAGUAGAAGAAUUAGCGAAAAGGAAUGCGAGAGUCAUAAUGGCUUGUAGAAAUCGUGAAAAAUGCAUACAAGUUCGGCGAGACAUUGUCUUGAGCACUCGAAAUAAGCAAGUAUACUGUAGACAAUGUGAUCUCGAAGAUUUCGACAGUGUACGAACUUUUGUACAAAAAGCUAGUAAAGGUAAAUAUGAACUAGAUCGAAUAGAUGGUGUCGUACAUAAUGCUGCUAUGAUGGAUGCUAAACGAAAAGUGAACAAGGAUGGUAUCGAACGUACCUUAGCUACAAAUCACCUUGGUGCCUUCUUACUGACUGGUUUAUUACUCGACAAACUUCUUGCUCAAGACCAUCGUGUCCGAAUAGUAUUUCUCAACACGAAUAUAAUCAAUAGAAAGUGCGACAUAGAUUUUGACGAUCUCAAUGCGGAACAUCGGAAGAAGUACGAUGGAUUUGAGGUUUACAAGCAGAGUAAACUUGCCGCUGCUAUGUUUGCUAAGGAAUUAUCAGAG